UUGAGUUCCGCUGGCAAGAUGGCGGAUGUUGAAAUGAGCGAGGGAAGUGAGGCAGGUAGUCCCAGAAGUCAUGGUUCUGGCAGUCCAAUGAGAGAAGGAUCUGUGUCACCAGCACACAGUGGAGCAUCAGGCAGCCCUAUGCAUGAAGGAUCUGUGUCCCCUGCGCACAGUAAGAGCUCUAGAAGUCCUGAAAGAGAGGGCUCAGAAUCCCCUGCACAUAGUGGUGGCCCGGGCACUCCACAAAGUCCAAACAGAGAAAGGUCAGUUUCUCCAGCCCACAGUGGCGCAUCUGGAAGCCCAGGUAGAGAGGGGUCUGUGUCACCAGCAAGAAGUGGAGGAUCAGGAAGCCCCCACAGGGAAGGGUCUGCUUCACCAGCACACAGUGGGAGAUCUCAUUCUCCAACUCCAGACAGAAGUAGAUCAGCUUCACCAAGAAGUCCCCAUAGUGGGGCUGGUGGAAGUCCAUCACAUAGUAGAGAAGGCUCAGCUAGCCCAGCUGGUAGUCAUACAUCUAGGAGUCCAGCACGAAGUAGAUCUGGGAGUCCGGCACACAGCGCUCACAGUAGAUCAGGCAGUCCAGCACACAGUAAUGCUGGAAGCCCUGCUCGCAGUAGAUCAGGCAGUCCGGCACACAGUGCUCGUAGUAGAUCAGGAAGUCCUGCUCACAGCAGAGAAGGCUCGGCUAGCCCGGCAGGUAGUCACAGGUCUGGUAGUCCAGCUCACAGUAGAUCAGUGAGUCCAGCUCGAAGUAGAUCUGGUAGCCCUGUCCGCAGUAGAUCUGGAAGUCCAGCAUCACAUAGAUCAAGAUCAGGUUCCAGAAGUCCAGCAAGAAGUGAAACUGCAGGAAGCCACAGGAGCAGGUAUUUUUUGCUUGAUUCAACUGUUGACGACCUGUUUGGUGAUGCGGAUGACAUCAGUUCAGAUGAAGAAGCAAAGAAAGGUUCAGAUAAAGAGGAUGGAGAAGGAGAAGAUGGAGAAGAAAGAACACAGAAACCAGUUAUCGAGGGAUCAGAUGAAGAGAACCAGGAACCAGAAGAGCUGCCGGAAACCAGAAUCGAGGUCGAAAUUCCAAGAAUCAAAACAGAUCUGGGCAAAGCAGUGCAUUAUGUAAAACUGCCUAACUUUCUCAGUGUGGAAACAAGACCUUUUGAUUCCCAAACGUAUGAAGACGAGAUAGACGAGGAUGAAGUUUUAGAUGAAGAAGGAAGAACUAGAAUGAAACUCAAAGUUGAGAACACAAUACGAUGGCGUUCACGUAAAGAUGAGGAAGGAAAUGAACUGAAGGAUGAGUUUGACAAACCAAUACAUGAAAGUAAUGCAAGAGUGGUCAGAUGGUCAGAUGGAAGCAUGUCACUACAUCUGGGAGAGGAAAUCUUUGAUAUCCACACUAUGCCUAUACAAGGAGACUUCAAUCACCUGUUUGUGAGACAAGGCACAGGUCUACAAGGACAGUCUAUAUUCAAAACUAAACUUACAUUUAGGCCACAUUCCACAGAGUCAUUCACUCACAGAAAGAUGACACUUUCAUUAGCAGAUAGAUCUACUAAGAAACAGAAGGUGAAAAUUCUGCCUAUAUCAGGACAUGACCCAGAAUCUCAGAGAUCAGAAAUGAUUAAGAAAGAAGAGGAAAGAUUGCGAGCAUCAAUGAGAUUGGAGAGUCAGAAGCGUCGUGUACGAGAACGGUCACACGCUAAAGGCCUCAGUCACAGUUAUCUUGAAGGUUACGAGGAUGAAGAAGAGGAAGGGGGAAUUUCAUUAUCGGCAAUUAAAAAUAAAUAUAAACGUGGUGACAAAAGAGAUCGUCAGCAUAUAUAUUCAUCAGACAGUGAGGAGGGAGGGUAUGAUUCGGAGCAGGAAGAUACUGGUGCUAAACGAUUGAUGAAAGCCAAGAAAGUCAUUAGUGAUGAUGAGGAUUCAGAAACUGAAGCAGCACCAAAGAAGAAGAAAGCUAGAGUUGUUGAGAGUGAUGAGGAGGAGGGGGAGGGUGGAGAGGGAAGUGGGGUUGGGGAGGGAGAAACCAUGGACACUGGGGGUGAUGCUAGUGGAGGGGGAGGGAGUGACUCAGAAUGAAAUGUUAGAAUGUGUUAUUUAUGUGGAAAGAAGUGCUUGUCUCGGUCUAUUUGAAUAAUGAAAAGUAUAGAGGGAGUUGAGACAAUAUGAAAUACAGUAGUAUUUGAGUAGCGUUGACAUAGACUGUUAACAAGGAAGAACGACUACCUGAUUCUUUCCUGUCAUGUCACCAGAAUCAAUAUUGUUGGAUUAACCUGCCGGAGAGCUCCUGCAGUUUAAGCAUAUGUGAGAAUUUGUGUUACUUUAUGAAUGAAAUUAUUUGGUGUUGUUUUGAAACAUAACAAAAUUGCCAUAUGCAGGUCCAUGAAGCAACAUAGACUAUAUAUAAAGAAACAUAAUCAUAAAUAUUGAUGUUUAUGUUUGAAUAGUUUGUCAGCCUUGAAAAAUUUGUCAGCCCCUUUGUUUGAUGUGGAGACUUUAUUUGUUACUCAAGUGAGUACUUGAAAAAGAUUUUUGAAAGAAGAUUGUCAGAUUAUAAACAAGUAAUACACAAUUUGAAAGGUUAUGUGAAAAAUGGGUUUGAAUUUCAGAUCAAAUAAAACCUAACCUACUGUGAAGUCAUUUAAUUUCAUAGGCACGAAAUUUAGUGGUUUUGGCAAAUAUUGCUAUUUCAUAGGGGAUACAAAUUCAUGGAUUUCAGUUUCUGAAGAUAAAAUUAACUGUUAUUUUAAUUGUUCGUUGGGAUUUAAUUUUGUGGAUUGACAAAACCAUGUAAUUUUUGAAAAUUGCUCCCACAAAAAUAUUGAUGAUUUCAUAAUAAAUUUUGUGCAAUAUGUCUGUCCAUAUUUAUGUCUUUAUGAAUUGCUUCUCUGCUCAGUACUUUACAGUGCAGUUUCAUAAAAUAAUUUUGCAGCAAGUGAUUCACUGUGCUAAAAUGCUAAGAUCUUCCUCUGCUGCUUAGUUGCCAUAUGAUCUGAAUUUUCCUGAUGGAGUGAAAACCAGAUACAAAGAAUGGGGAAGUGGAGAAAAUUUCAUGAUCAUUGACUAUUUUACGCGCAUCAUGUGCAUUGUUCACUCUGUACCAUUUAUGUGGACCAUCAGUCAUUAAUUCACCUCUUAUUAUUGAAACUGUUCAUGCAAAUGUCAUAUUUUUAUGAAAUAAAUCUGAUGUAAAAGUA